UCUCUCUCUCUCGUGUUUUAUAAAAUAUAAAAAUGUUUAUAUUUAAGCUUUUCGGUGAAGAGAAUGGCAGCGUUUGCUUCUUUGUCUCUCCUUCCUCCUCCCGCUCGUCUUCCCUUCCUCUGCACUCGAUCCUUGUUGCUGUUUUCUAUUCUGUCUAGGCUUCGAGUUCCGGGGUUCUCCUUUUCUUUUCUUUAAUUAAUACCCACAAAAAAAAUCAAACCAAAUCAGUUUUUUUUUUUUUCUUUUUUAAGUUUGUUUUUUAUUUGUUUUUUCUUGUGUUCCUGUUUUCCUUUUGAUGAGGGCAUGGCGGGUUUGGAUUUAGGCACUGCAUCUCGCUAUGUUCAUCGACUCCAGCCGGAAUUGCACCUCCAGAGGCAACCGGAAUCUGACGAUGACAACAACAGGGGUCAGUUUUCAGGCGAGCAUGACGAUAGUGGUCACCAAGGACUUGAGCUUGUUGCAGCUAACGCCGGCCCCGGCGACAUCGUUGGUCGCCGACCCAGAGGCCGACCACCUGGAUCCAAGAACAAGCCGAAGCCACCGGUAAUUAUCACGAGGGAGAGUGCCAACACGCUUCGGGCCCAUAUACUAGAAGUUGGGAGCGGCUGUGAUGUCUUCGACUGUGUAGCCACGUACGCUCGCCGGCGUCAACGUGGGAUCUGCAUCUUGAGCGGAAGCGGCACGGUGACUAACGUCAGCUUGCGUCAGCCGGCGGCAGCCGGUGCGAUCGUGACGUUGCACGGGCGUUUCGAGAUAUUAUCACUAUCGGGUUCCUUCUUGCCACCACCGGCGCCACCCGGUGCUACGAGCUUGACGAUAUAUUUGGCGGGAGGACAGGGUCAAGUCGUCGGAGGGAGCGUCGUCGGUGCGUUAAUUGCAUCCGGGCCGGUUAUCGUUAUAGCUGCUUCAUUCACAAAUGUUGCGUACGAGCGGCUUCCGUUGGACGAAGAGGAGCCACUUCAGAUGCAACCCCCGGUCUCCCAGUCUCCUGGUGGUGGAGCAGGGGUUAGUGGUGGAGGUGUCAACAACCCAUUCCCCGACCCAUCUUCAGGCCUUCCAUUCUUCAAUUUGCCGCUUAACAUGGGGAAUUGUCAGUUGCCCGUCGACGGUUGGGCGGGCAAUCCAGGUGGCCGGCCUCCUUACUAACAACCCGAUUGUGGGUACUUCCUCGGUUGGAAAAUCAUUGUGGGGUUUGUUGUAAUCUCCAUGCCGCGAAGUUAAAGCCCGGCUCGGCAGAGGCCGACUGCAUAACCGGAGAGAUUGAGUCCGUCUCUAGAUCACAAAGGUCAGCUAAUUCAUGGAUCCAUCAUCAUCACCAUGUACAAUUAGUUCUUUUCCUUGUCUAUCUCUUCUUUUUUUUUUUAAUUUCUUCUUUCUUCUGUUGUUUUGGUUUUGGUUUUUUGGCUUCUGUAAGUCCUCUUAUUGAUGUUGUUGUUGUUAUUCUUCAUGGAACUCUCUUCUUCAUAAGCAACGGCGGGUUUGACGAUUUGGACUU